AUGUCUUGGGUUGCACAAGAUUUAAAUCAAGAAUGGCGUCGAUUCUAUAGGCAAGCAAUGUGUAUUUUUGAAGGUCCUUUACACGAUAAAGAGGAUAGCGUUAAAGUCAGUUAUGUUAAAUUGUGGGUGGGCGAUAAAGGACUUGAUGUAUUCGAAGGAUUUACAUUCGCUGAACCCGCCGAUGCAAAGAAAUUAGACAUUGUAUUAAAGAAAUUCGAGGACUAUUGUACUCCACGUAAGAACUAUAUCAUGGCCGCUUUGAAAUUCAAUGAAAGACGUCAAGGAGAGAAUGAGAGUUUUGAGUCCUUCGUAACAGACCUCAGGAUUUUGGUAAAGGAUUGUGGUUAUAGAGACGAGGAACGUAUGGUUCGUGAUGCGAUCUGGUUUAGUUGUAAACAUAUAAAGGUUCGUGAGAAGUGUAUCGAUUUGGCUGAUACUUUGACAUUAGAAAAGGCUAUUGAAAUUGGACGAAGCCAUGAAACCAAUUUAGCUAGUUUAAAGAAGCUCACAAAAGAAGAAGACCCCAGCAUUAAUGCCAUUAAACAGGAACAGUAUCGUCAGCGGGACCCUCGAAAUCGUCGAUAUUCAAAUAAACGGCAGACAGAGCGAGAAAACCCGAAUGCGGAAGGGGACAGCAUGUUGAAGGAUAGGUGUGGAAGAUGGUUUUCGAUAAAAGUCACCAGAAAUGCCCAGCAAUGGGUCAACAAUCAUAAACUAAAACCAUUUGGAGAAGUUGUGUUAAAAGUAAAGUAUAAAGACCACAUAGAAGAUGUAAAAUUUUUUGUUGUGGAAGCUGAAGUUGAAUCUGUCCUUAGUGGAAACACUUGUGUCAAACUUGGUUUGCUGAAGAGAGUUUACCAAGUUGUAAGUCAAAAAGCAGCACCAGAGAAAGUUGAAUUGGAUGACUACCCAGAGCUGUUCAAAGGAUUGGGCUGUUUACCUGGUUAUCAUAUCGAAUUAAAUGAAGGUGCCACCCCUGUUGUUCAUGCUCCAAGAAAAGUACCCAUUCCACAAAGAGAAAAGGUUAUCGAAGAGCUUAAAAGAAUGGAAAGACUUGGUGUGAUUGUGCGACAGGAAGAAGCGACAGAUUGGGUUAACUCGAUGGUCGUGGUUCAAAAGCCUAAUGGUGCAGUGAGGCUGUGUAUUGAUCCGAGGGAUUUGAAUGCCGCCAUGAAAAGGUCCCACCAUCCGAAGACUGUGGAUGAAGUCGCCAGUCGUCUCGAAGGUGCUAAUAUCUUUAGCAUAUUGGAUGCGAAGAAUGGUUUCUGGCAACUGAAGCUGGAUGAAGAGUCUUCACUCCUUUGUACCUUCAACACACCAAUAGGACGGUACAGAUUUACAAGGCUACCUUUUGGGGUAAAAUGUGCCCCAGAGAUCUUCCAAAGAACCAUGGAUAGAAUGGUUGAAGAUUUAGAUGGUGUGGAGGUUAUUAUGGAUGAUGUAAUCGUCGCCGGGGAUGAAAACGCAUGA